UACAAGAAUUGCAGCCAUCGCUUGCUUCUACCAGUGGCUGGGACAUUUAUAAAGUAAGCAAGCACCUCUCAAUCCAGUCUAGUUGUGAAGCCUGUCAGCCAUGAGGAUCCAUUAUCUCCUGUUUGCAUUACUCUUCCUAUUCUUGGUGCCUGUUCCAGGCAAUGGAGGACUCAUAAAUGCAGCACAUAAAUAUUACUGCAAGCUAAGAAGGGGCCGAUGUGCUUUGCUUAGCUGCCUUCCAAAGGAGGAACAGAUUGGCCGUUGUUCUCUGCGUGGCCGAAAGUGCUGCCGAACAAAGAAAUAAAAAAUAUCCAGAACUUCAGGAGAACCUUGUCAAGUGGGGGAAUUCCU